AUUCAGCUAUUUGUUUGUGGGACGUAUCAAGGUUUUAGUACAUUUUAAAUGCCAAUUUGAACGCUAAAGAGACACCGGUUUGUUCAAAUCAGCUAACGUCUGUUAGCUGGAGCGGCUAAGCAUAGCUAAUGUAGAGUUAACUAGUUUAGUUGGGCUUAAAUGGGUAGACUAAGGCUGCUAGCUUAGCUAAGAGCCAAAAACCACCAACUUUAUGUCAUUAUCAAUAAUAAUAAAAAGGUUCCCUUAACGUUCUAGCCUGCUAGUUUGGAAUCGGUUAAUUUAGUCAAGACUGUUUAUGUUUUCGCGACAAUUACAUCCCAUUUACUGUUCGCUAAUACGGAUUUAGGCUCCUCAGCAGAGGCUCUCGUCAGUUUAAAGGAGGGAAGUUUGUCCAACACUCUAAAUGAGAAGAACAAUUUCCCAAGAACUCACAACACCAGAGGAAGACAUUCUUCCCUCACGAUGGAUACGCCCACACGGAGCUCAAAGAGGAGCCGUCUGUUCCGGGAUGAAGAGGAACCACCCCAACAGCGCGUCCCUUCCAGGUCUCCUCGCCGGAGCCAGAGGGUCAGCACCACACCGCAGAAAUUUUCAAAUAUCGUCACACCAGACAAGAAGGCAUCCCAGAAAAUAGGGCUGAGACUAAGAAACCUUUUGAAGCUUCCCAAAGCUCACAAGUGGUGCAUCUAUGAGUGGUUCUACUCCAACAUAGACCGACCUCUUUUUGAGGGUGACAAUGAAUUUUGCCUGUGCCUCAAAGAGUCGUUCCCCAACCUGAAAACAAGAAAACUGACGCGAGUCGAGUGGGGGACAAUCAGACGGCUGAUGGGGAAACCUCGCAGGUGUUCAUCCGCAUUUUUUGCUGAAGAGCGAACGGCGCUGAGACAGAAGCGGCAAAAAAUGCGUCUCCUGCAGCAGAGAAAACUAUCCGAUUUAUCAAACUGCAAAGACCUUCCUGAGGAAAUCCCUUUGCCUCUGAUCAUAGGAACUAAAGUCACAGCUCGACUCCGAGGCGUCCACGAUGGACUGUUCACCGGACAGAUCGAUGCAGUCGACACAAGCGCCGCCACGUAUCGCGUCACCUUCGACCGCAGUGGCCUGGGAACUCACACCGUGCCUGAUUACGAAGUUUUGAGCAACGAACCCAACGAAACCAUGCCCAUCUCAGCUUUCGCUCAGAAGCACCGGUCAGCGCGCUACAUGCAGAACCUCAUGACUCCGCCCAGAGCGGCGUAUCCGUCCGUUACUACUCCAGUCCACAUGGACAAUGAUCCUCUUAUGAGCCAAUCACCAUGGAGGAACAAACUGUCGUGUUCUGAGGGAGAAACACUCGGAGGAUUUCCUGUUAAAUUCUUGGUUCAAGUUACCAGACUGUCCAAAAUCCUGAUGAUAAAGAAAGAGCACAUCAAGCAUUUAAAAGAAAUGAACACAGAGGCAGAAAGACUGAAGUCGUACUCGAUGCCCAUCGACCUGGACUUCCAAAAGCGAUACGCCGUCACUGUGCUGGAGCUGGACCAGCUUAACAAAGAUCUGAACAAAGUGUUUCACGAAGUGCAGCAGUUCUGCUGCGACCUUGCUCCGGAUCAGGGCAUGGUUCCAGCCGACCAUCCCACAGAGCUGCGGCGGCGCUGCGAAGAGCAAGCCCAGCAGAUGGUCCAGAUGAACAACUCGCAGUGGGACGGACAGCAGAGCGUCACGAACCCCAGCCUCACGAGCCUCGUCUCCCGCCUCACCGCGCUGCUCCUACAGAUAAAGUGUCUGGCAGAUGAAGGCGAUCUGAACUCAUUUGAGUUUAAAUCCCUGACAGACUCCCUGAAUGACAUCAAGGCUUCCGUCAAUCCAUCUAACCUCAGUUGCUUUCAGAACAACGUAGAAAUCCACGUCGCUCACAUUCAGAGCGGUUUGAGUCAACUGGGAAAUCUCCACGCAUUCGCUGCCAACAACACCAAUGCAGUCUGAGCACCGGCGUCUUCCCCUCCACGCGCACGGAAGCACGCCGCCACCUCAUCAGAGCAGAGGGACGAAAAGAUGCUCUUGUUUUUACCCAUCAGUUUUAUUUCACGGGAAAUGUUUGUGCAACUAACAGAAACAAACGCUAAAGUCUCCAAUGUGCCAAACAUCCAUUCUAACAGUUUGUGUUGUUCGUAUUUAUUUAUUUUUUUGUGUAGUUGUGUAUGUUGAGAAAAGCGUUUCUUCCUACGAAGUUUCUGUUCCGUCGGGAAGCAAAAGAAUGUUUAAAAAAAAAUGUUUAUUGUAGAUAAUUGUACAAUAUCUCUAAUGAAUAGAAUCUUAACAUUUCUGCCUCAUAUUCAGAAAAGGCUUUUUGUAAUUUUGUGUGCACUAAAAGAGAUUUUGGUAUUUUUGUAAGCGAGAUCUCUGGGUAAAUUUUGAUGCCUUUUACUCUCUUAAAAUGUUAGCAUUACCACAUCUGGCAUGGCUGCUGCCCCCCCUCAACCUAAAGCCUGCAUCCCCAUCACCUCCCCAGAUCCCAAAAGUUUGUUUUCUCUUGGGAUUUGUUUUUCAGCUUUGUAAAGUUGUACAUGAAAAUGCCUCAACUGUAAAUAAAUGUUUCCCUCCUUUUUUAUUAAACAUAAUGCUACAAA